UCGGUAAUAGACUAGUGAUGUCUAGCCGGAGCCAAAAUGGCAGCGUUGUUGUGUUUUCCAACAUCAUCUGUACUCAAACGACUUAUCCAACCAGGCAUCUAAUCAUUUUUGUAACAUAAUAUUUUCGUUAUUUUCAUAUGUACGUUCGUUUUGAGCAUGUUUGUUCUAUGUUGUCGUUAAACAAGAGAACAGCGGGUCCGUGAAUGGCAAGACCCGGCCCGUUCAGUCUUGUGUUUACCACCCCUUUCUGCAUUGUCGACAAUGAUAGCUCUCCUACAAUAGUUGUUGCAAAUGAAAAUGGAGGAUAUGUCUCUGUCAGGCCUGGAUAACACCAAGCUAGAGGCCUUGGCUCAUGACGUAUACUCUGAUCUAGUGGAAGAUGCCUGUUUAGGGUUGUGCUUUGAGGUGCACAGGGCGGUCAAACAGGGCUAUUUCUUCCUGGACGAAACGGACCAAGAAAGUAUAAAGGAUUUUGAAAUAGUGGACCAGCCUGGUGUGGACAUCUUUGGGCAGGUGUACAACCAGUGGAAGAAUAAGGAGUGUGUGUGUCCCAACUGCAGCCGGAGUAUUGCAGCCUCUCGCUUUGCUCCUCAUCUGGAGAAGUGUCUCGGCAUGGGCCGCAACAGCAGCCGAAUAGCCAACCGCAGAAUAGCCAGCAGCAACAACACAAGCAAGUCAGAAAGCGAUCAGGAAGACAAUGAUGAUGUCAAUGACAAUGACUGGUCCUAUGGUUCAGAAAAGAAAGCCAAGAAAAGAAAGUCAGAAAAGAAUCCAAACUCUCCCAGGAGAUCCAAAUCCCUGAAGCACAAGAAUGGAGAGCUCAGCAGUAAUGUAAAUCCAGACCUGUACAAGUAUAACUACAGCUCUGGCAUCAGUUAUGAGACUUUGGGACCCGAGGAGCUGCGCUCCAUACUGACUACGCAAUGUGGGGUCGUAUCAGAGCACACAAAGAAGAUGUGUACUCGGUCCCAGCGUUGUCCCCAGCACACGGACGAACAGAGGAGGGCAGUCAGGGUCUUCCUCCUUGGGCCGUCCGCGUCAACACUACCUGACUCUGAUACAAUGCUGGAAAAUGAUGGCUAUGAUGCCCCUGAUGGCCAACUCAUCAUGUCUCGCCUCCAGUGGGAUGGUUCCUCUGAUAUCUCACCAUCAGACUCAGCAUCUUCAAAAGCCAGCACCAAUAACUCAGAAUCUAAGAGACCUAAGAAAAAGAAGAAGCCCAGCACGCUGACUCUGACUACCACUGGAAGUGGAGGAGAGCGGGACAAAGGGCAGGAACGAGAGAGAGGAGACCGAGAUAGAGUAGUAUGCGGCGGGAGCGGUAGCAGCAGCUCCCAGAAUGCACUGGGCCUGUCCAGUCGGAAAAAGCGACCAAAACUGCCAGUUCCCCUAGCCCCUAGCAUCUACGAUGACCUGAACUAAGGAACAUGCAACUCGCACACACUUACACACACAGUUUAUGAUAAUGACUGAUUUGAUGAGUCCUUAUGUGAUCCCUAGUUUCCACCAUUUCAAGGUAUAUGAACGAGUUGAGACACUCUCUGUUGAAUGUGUAAGAGAGGAAAGAUCUGGGCACCAUUUCAGACAUACGUUAACGGGGGCACAAUAGAGUACAUUUAUUAUGGCACAGUGUUGCACAGUGAAAAGU